AUCGCGAACCUGCCGUUAUUUGUUCGACCGUUUAGAUUUUACGUAGCUAAACUGGAACGUUGCAUUUGAGGGGAACUAUCUUGAUAUCGUGUCAUCUUUUGUCACGUGAUUGAAUUUUGCCGCUGUAGUCACCUGAUCGGUUAUGUUGUUGCUGAUAGAGAAACAUGGCUGCCCACCUAUCGUACGGUAGAGUCAAUUUAAACAUUUUGAGAGAAGUAGCACGAAAAGACCUUCGAGAGUUUUUGGACAAAUGUGCGGGAAGCAAGGCCAUCGUUUGGGAUGAAUACCUUACGGGACCUUUUGGAUUGAUAGCACAGUACUCUCUACUGAAGGAACAUGAAGUGGAGAAGAUGUUCACCCUCAAGAGUGGCAGGGUCCCCCCUGCUGACGUCAAAAAUAUCAUUUUCUUUGUUCGUCCAAGACUGGAGCUCAUGGACAUCAUUGCUGAGAAUGUAUUCAGUGAGGACAAGUUGCAGUCGUCACGAGACUUCCACAUUUUGUUUGUGCCUCGGCGGAGCGUGCUGUGUGAACAGCGGCUGAAGGAGCAGGGUGUGUUGGCCUCCUUCAUCAACAUUGACGAGUAUAUCCUGGACCUGAUCCCCUAUGAUGGCGAUCUGCUCUCCAUGGAGUAUGAAAGUGCUUUCAGGGAGUGCUACUUAGAAAAUGACCAAACAAGCCUUUACCACACAGCCAAAGGCCUCAUAAACCUACAGGCACUGUAUGGCACCAUUCCACAGAUAUAUGGGAAAGGAGAGUGUGCUCGACAUGUUGCCAACAUGAUGCUGCGAAUGAAGAGGGAGUUUGCCGGCAGUCAGAAUCAGAUCCUUCCAGUGUUCGAUACUCUGCUCCUCCUGGACCGUAAUGUUGACCUGCUCACUCCUCUGGCCACACAGCUCACCUACGAGGGUCUCAUUGACGAGAUCUAUGGAAUAACUAACGGUUAUGUGAAGUUGCCUCCUGAGAAGUUUGCGCAGAAAAAGCAAGGUGAGGCGAGUAAAGAUUUACCCACAGAGCCCAAGAAGUUACAGCUCAACUCGGCAGAGGAACUGUAUGCAGAAAUACGGGACAAAAAUUUCAACGCUGUCGGAGCGGCGCUCAGCAAGAAGGCCAAAAUAAUUUCAGCGGCCUUUGAGGGGCGCCACAAUGCGAAAACAGUGGGAGAAAUAAAGCAGUUUGUGUCUCAGUUGCCCCACAUGCAGGCAGCUCGAAGCUCGCUGGCCAACCACACUUCUAUAGCUGAGCUGAUCAAGGAUAUCACCACAUCUGAGGCAUUCUUUGAUAAUCUAACAGUGGAGCAGGAGUUUAUGACUGGAGUCGAAACAGACAAGGUGAACCCAUAUAUCGAAGACUGCAUUGCCCAAAAGGAUCCACUGAUCAAGAUACUGCGUCUGGUGUGUAUGCAGUCUGUCUGCAACAACGGCCUCAAGCAGAAGGUGUUCGACUACUAUAAGAGGGAGAUUCUCCAGACCUAUGGUUAUGAACACAUACUGACACUGAACAACCUAGAGAAGGCAAGUCUGUUGAAGCCACAGACAAGCUCAAGGAAUAACUACCCCACCAUAAGAAAAACCCUCAAACUGUGGCUGGAGGACGCCAAUGAACAGAAUCCCAACGACAUCUCCUAUGUGUACAGUGGCUACGCUCCACUAAGUGUUCGACUGACUCAGGUCUUGGCCAGGCCCGGCUGGCGUAGCAUCGAAGAGGUGCUGAAAAUGCUUCCGGGCCCACACUUUGAGGAGAGACAGCAGCUCCCCGCCGGCCUUCACAAGAAACGUCAGCAGGGGGAGAACCGGACAACGCUGGUGUUCUUCCUCGGCGGAGUGACGUAUGCAGAAAUAGCCGCUCUUCGUUUCCUCUCUCAAAUGGAAGACAGUGGGAUGGAGUAUAUUAUAGCCACCACAAAACUCUUAAAUGGUACAACUUGGAUCAAAUCUCUCAUGGACCGGCCUGAAUCCCAGAUCUCCUGAGUCACCUGCAUGUACACCUGGCCACAUCAAACAACCCCU